AUGACACAUUUUAAGGCUUUAUAUGGUUACUCUCCAUCCCACUUAGCAUUUCCAAAUGAAGUAUUUACAUCAGUAGCAGCUGUGGAAGACUAUCUACAACAAAGAGAUGGUAUGCUAGAACUCUUAAAAGACUCGCUUCACAAAGCCCAAGAAAGGAUGAAAAAUUUUGCAUACAAGAAGCGCACCGAUAAAACAUUUGAGGUUGGUGACAUGGUCUUUAUAAAACUGCAACCAUAUAGACAAUCGUCUAUCACACUGCGCAGGAAUUUCAAGCUUUUUGCAUGCUAUUAUAGGCCCUUUCCUGUCAUUGCUAAGGUAGGUUCUGUGGCAUAUAAACUCCAGUUGCCAUCUACUUCACAGAUUCAUCUAGUUUUCCAUGUCUCUCAACUGAAAAAACGCAUUGGUGAAGCUUCCAUUACUGCUCCAACGCUUCCCAUUACAGACAACAAUGGUGAGAUCAUUCUUAUGCCAGUUGCUAUGCUGGGUACUCGAGAAAUUACUCAUGGCCGUUCUUCUGUCCCUCAGAUGAUCAUAAAAUGGUCACACAUCACUGCAGAGGAUGCUACAUGA